AAAUUGCGGAACACAACGAACUACGAGACAAAUUUCCGGUUACCCGCCUAUACUGAGUAUCGUGAUCGUUGUGAAAAUUAAUUUUUGUAAUUUCGACAGAUAGAUCAUUAGCUACAAAAAUGUUGAUUAAAGUGAAGACCUUGACGGGAAAAGAAAUUGAAAUAGAUAUUGAGCCUACUGACAAAGUCGAAAGAAUCAAAGAACGAGUCGAGGAAAAAGAAGGCAUUCCACCACAACAACAAAGACUGAUAUUUUCAGGAAAACAAAUGAACGAUGAAAAGACUGCCCAAGAUUACAAAGUUCAAGGUGGUUCGGUUUUGCAUUUGGUACUUGCUUUAAGAGGAGGUCUAUGAGACUUUCCUGUGGAAUGCAAAGUGUAUUUUAUAAGGAAUGAAAAACUACACUGAAAAGCUUUCGUAAAUUAAUUUGUUUUUAAUGUUUAAGCUUUAUAAGUGUAAGAUGUAAAGAGUAAGAAUAAAAAAAUAAAUAAUUUAAAAUA